AACCCAAACCACGAUCUUUCCCUAACCAAGUGUUUUUUGUGCAUGAACCUAACCAGACUUUAACAACAGCGUUGUCACACCAUCGAGACGAGAAUAUUUUGAAGCGGCUCACGAGAGUUUAAGCAAUUCUAGGGUUACCAUGUAGACACGACCGUUUGUGAGGCUCAUCAUGAGCUAAUAACCGAUGAUGCUGCUAUUAAUAUAAAAGCUGGAAAUAACGUUACACUGGAAAGCACCAAAUCGCUGUUUGCCAACCACCAAUAAACCACAAAGAAGAAGAAGAAGAAGACGAACGUUAGACCGGAAGUGCGUGUGAGAGUGCGGAAGCGCAGCAGAACUGUUUUAGCGCUCACUGGAAACAUUUACAGAUUCACUGUAGUUAAGUUGAAGGUAUGAUCGUCUCAUACUGCUGGCUGAAUAAACGUGGAGCUAUGCUGGCAGCAGGUUGGGGUGACAAAAUAUCCUGAUGGAGAACAUCCGCCCACGUCUGAAGCUUGGGAGUAAAGUGGAAGAUGUGAAACUGAGAAAAAGAAAAUCACAACUUUACGCCAAAGAAGAUGAAUGUCCUCUCAACAACGGUGAGCUGAGGACCAGAGUUGCUGUGUUUUGUGUGGUGUUUAGAUUGAUCAACUGCUUCUUGGUUCAGACCAGCUUCGUGCCUGAUGAGUACUGGCAAUCUCUGGAGAUUUCCCAUCAUAUGGUCUUCAAUUAUGGGUAUCUGACCUGGGAAUGGAGGGCAGGAAUAAGAGGCUUCUCUUAUCCACUCUUCUUUGCAUUCAUAUACAAGAUAUUACACUUCAUAAACUAUGACUCAGUCUAUCUCCUGAUAUGGGUGCCUCGAAUAAUUCAGGCUCUACUUGCUGCAUUUGCAGAUGUAAAAUUCUUCUUCCUCGUCCGAACGUUGGAAAAUAGUGACGUCGCCAAAUGGACAUUCUUCUGCCAUCUGUGCUCCUGGUUCUCCUGGUACUGCUGCACCAGGACUCUGACCAACAGCAUGGAGACCACCAUCACCUGUCUGGCUCUUUUUUACUUUCCUCUGCCUGGGUCCAAAACACACAGCAGCAAAAAAUAUUUGACCCUGGUGGCCUUGGCUGUCAUUGUUCGUCCGACGGCGCUGAUUGUCUGGCUUCCUCUGUUGAUGCACCAUUUCUGGCAGGAAGAAAACAAACUGAGACUCAUCACUCAUGGCUACAUUCCUAUAGGCGUUCUGGCUGUUGUGACUUCAACUGUGGUCGACUGUAUAUUCUACGGAAAGUGGACCUUGGUGCAGUUCAACUUCCUGAAGUUUAACAUCUUCCACGGUGUGGCGGGUUUCUACGGCUCUCACCCCUGGCACUGGUACUUCACUCAGGGGUUUGCAGUCGUGAUCGGACCUCAUCUUCCACUCUUUCUUCACGGAUGCUCCCUCGCCUUCAAAAGAUACAAAAUCCUGUUGGUGGCAGUUGUCUGGACAGUCGUAGUUUACAGUUUUCUUCCCCACAAGGAGUUCAGGUUCAUCUAUCCUGUGCUGCCGUUCUGUAUGAUCUUUUGCGGGAUUUCUAUUGCUAAUUUGAAAGCGUGGCGUCGAGCUGCAGCGUUUGGUUUGUUGGCGACCAACCUGUUUCUGGCUCUGUACACCGGCCUGAUUCACCAGCGAGGCACUUUGGACGUCAUGAGCCGCCUCCAGACACUUUGUGAUGUCGGCAGCGUCUCCACCCGUCCAGAGCCAGACAUCCUCUUCCUCAUGCCCUGUCACUCAACACCUUUCUACAGCCACAUCCACUGCCCCAUGAAGAUGAGGUUUCUGGAGUGUCCUCCAGACCUUGGAGAAAAGGGUUACGUCGAUGAAGCUGACAGAUUCUACGACGACCCUCUUCACUGGCUCAGGACUUCAUUUCCAUACAAGUCCUCUCUACCAACACACCUGGUUCUGUUUAAUGUUUUGGAAAAGGAAAUCUCUGUGUUUUUGCACGGGAACAACUUCAUGAAGACGGCUGAGAUAUUUCAUACUCACUUUCCUGAGGGAAGAGUUGGAGGAAGCAUCUUUAUUUAUGAAAGGCACUGACAAACACUGGAACAAACGGCAGAUGUUUCCCUAGUGAGAAUGUUCUAUGAUGUGGAAUUGCUACUGAAAUAAAUACUUCAAACUCAAA